CCCAUCCUGUCAUGCUGUGAGAAACGGCGUCCAGCCCUCCUGCGAGGCCCGGCCGCGCCCCGCCGGCGCCCGCACCCCUGGCGCGCCGCGGUUUCGGGAAACCUCCCGCCGCUCCUGGCCGGGGCGGUACCGCCGCUCCCGGCCGGCCGGAAGCUCCCGCCUCCCCGGGCGAAGGCCGUGGGGCCGCCGCAGGUGAGGCCGCCGGGGCGCCGCAGGUGUUGCGUGACUGGGGCCUCUGGGCGCUCUCCGCCCGGCUCGUCCUUCCCCGGCGCCGGCUGCCCUUGGCACCCCGCGGCAGUUCUCUCACGUCCGGUGAGGCGAGCGGGGCCGGGCUGAGCAUCGGCCAUGUCGCGGAGCUCGCAGGGCAGGCGGCCCGGCAGGUCCCCACUGCCCCGCGGGGCCAGCCCCGGGUCCGCCGCCGCCCCGCCGCCGCCCCCGCUGCCCCUGCAGCCCCCCCUCGGCCCAGGCCGGGCCAGCCCGAGCCUCGGCGGGCUGGCAGAGCUCAAGCCGGUUCGGCGGUUCAUUCCGGACUCGUGGAAGAACUUCUUCAAAGGGAGACGCCACCCCGGUUCCAGCUGGGACAGCACGACCUCCGACAUCAGGUAUAUCUCAGACGGGGUCGAGUGCUCGCCGCCUGCCUCUCCCGCCCCGCUGCAGCCAGGGACCAGGACGGUGCCUGGCUCCUACACGGACCCAUUCGGGGGGUCGGGCGGGAGCUACAACUCUCGGAAGGAGGCCGAGGCCAUGCUGCCCUCCGGAGAUCCCUCGGGCUCGCUGGAGCGUCGCGCCGGCACUGGGCAGACGUACAGCGAGCGGGUGGAGGAAUACCACCAGCGCUACGCCUACAUGAAAUCCUGGGCAGGGCUGCUCAGACUCCUCGGCGUGGCCGAGCUGCUGCUUGGCGCCGCCGUCUUCGCCUGUGUCACUGCCUACGUACACAAGGACAACGAGUGGUACAACAUGUUCGGGUACUCGCAGCCCUACGGAUACGGGGCGGGCAGCGCCUACGGGGGGUACUCCUACAGCGGGCCCAAAACGCCGUUCAUCCUGGUGGUGGCGGGAAUGGCGUGGAUCGUCACCAUAGUGCUGCUCGUGCUGGGCAUGUCCAUGUACUACCGAACUAUCCUCCUCGAUUCCAACUGGUGGCCUCUGACCGAGUUUGGGAUCAAUGUGGCCUUGUUCAUCCUGUACAUGUCUGCUGCCAUAGUGUACGUAAACGAUACCAACCGAGGUGGGCUGUGCUAUUACCAGUUGUUUAAGACUCCGAUAAAUGCGGCUUUUUGCCGUGUGGAGGGCGGUCAGACUGCUGCAAUAAUCUUCUUGUUUGUCACGGUGAUCCUCUAUCUAAUUAGUGCGAUGGUGUGCCUAAAGUUGUGGAGGCACGAAGGGGCCAGGAGGCACAGGGAAUUAAUGGAACAGGAGAUGAAAACACAAUCCUCUUUUCCAGAAAAGAAGUAUGAAGGUGAUGACAGACCAAGAGAAGAAAUCAGUUACAGGCAGCUCAAAUCACUGGAAAGAAAACCAGAGCUACUUAAUGGUCAUAUACCUGCAGGUCACAUUCCUAAACCUAUAGUGAUGCCAGACUACUUAGCGAAAUACCCUGUAAUUCAAACAAAUGAAAUGAGAGACCGGUACAAAGCAGUAUUCAAUGAUCAGUUUGCGGAGUAUAAAGAACUGUCUAUGGAAGUUCAUGCUGUAUUAAAAAAGUUUGAUGAGCUGGAUGCACUGCUAAAACAGCUUCCACACCAUCCUGAAAGCAUAUAUGAACAGGAAAGGAUAUCAAAAGUUCUGCAAGAAUACAAGAAGAAGAAAAAUGAUCCUGCAUUUCUGGAGAAAAAGGAGCGUUGUGAAUAUCUGAAGAAUAAGCUUUCUCACAUAAAACAACGAAUUCAGGACUAUGAUAAAGUUAUGAAUUGGAAUGUAGAAACUUAGAUAACGAGACCCAGCUCCAGGCUCCUUUGGACAGUGGUCUGAGUUCUAGUCUUGGAGAAGCUGGCUCCUAGUCCCUCAGACAGUGUCUGCAUAGCCUGUGGAGAACCAUCCUGCUGCUUCUUUCCUGCAAAGAUUCCAACAAAUGGAUUGGAAAAAGGGAACAGCAUACCUGUACCUGGAAUGAGGGGAUUAAGCAGCAACAUCUGUAUGUGGAUUCUUGUGUUUCCUGGCAAGAUGCCACAGGUGUGGCCAAGGAGAUGUUCCAAAUGUUGGGAAGAGAAGCUGGGAGAGAAAUACUCCCUUCUGCCUGCCUUUUAGGUUCCAAACAGGAUUGAUGCAGGGCACGACUGAAGUAAGCUGCCAUCCUAAGGGUACACAGGCCAUCUGAAGGCUGCAGCAACAUGUUGUACCAUUACAGUAAAUUACUUGCUCAAUCCCGUGUCUGUUACAGACCUCAGAGCUGCUGAAGCAUUUCUAGUGUGUAUAAUCUGUGUGCUGGUUUUCUUCUUAACCUAUGAAUGGAUGACUGAAAAAGGUUUUGUCUACAAUGCUACAGACAUACUGGAGAAAAACUGUUAGUCUAAGAUUAGUCUGACUUGUUCAUCUCUCAGAGAAAUUGAGAUGAAUGAAAUAAGAAUUAAUGUCUGGAAGCUGAAGCAACUUGAAGCAAGACAGAAAUCAGGAGGAAAGUGAUGGGAGAAUCCCUCAAUCUGAGUUACCAUAAGAACUAUCAAGGAAAGUGGCCUCUUGAUUUUCUUAAAGAAUAGAAGGCAUACUCCAGACAAAACUUUGACAUUUUAUUUGAUUAUCACCUCAGUGUCUCUGUGCAGUCCCUCUAGGCUCAGCUCUGAAUCUACAUUUUUGCAUGUAUGUGUAAACAAUGUGCUGUGUGGUCUUACCUGUGUGACUGGGUUUUUUGCAGAAGGUAGUUAACACAUAAAUUAAUCACCAAGGAAUAUUGCCUUACAUCAGUGGACUUGCUUUUAAUUACAGCCUCUCCUCAAACCCCAAGUGUAAAAAGACAUUUUAUUGUUCAGUCUUCCUCUUAGAAAAUGCUUACCUGGCUGCACAGAUCUACAAAUUGAGAUGCUCAAGGUUCUUAGUGUUUCUACAAAUACCGUAGUUUCUAAACUGUAUUUAUGUUUCUUCUUGUCUUUGUAAGCAGUUGUGUAUCCUAGAUCAAAACAGCUGUGGUCAAAAAAGAUUGGCAUACUUUUUACUAAACUGUACAUUUUUUCAGGCCACAUAAGUAGUGACUAAUAAACAUAUCCAAAAUUUUGUCUUGCACAAUAGCCUGACCAGCUUUCAUGCCAGCAUAGUGACUACAAAUGCCCAUGGCAAUUAAGAACCUAAUUGCUUUGAAAUUGUAAAAGAAGGUGUCCAGUAUGUUAUUUAUUAAUUUCAAAAUCAUGGUGGGAUUUCAAGCAUUUGUACAAUAAAGUUUUACAAAAUUACUGUAUAUCCUGCAUUCCAGUCCAGCACUGAAAUUCUUGGUCCUGAGAAUAAAAAAUAUUCCUGUUCUGGAA